AUGAUCAAUAGACUUGCUGAGUUUCCAACCUCUAUGCGCGCGCUUGAGAGGAAGCUCCUGGACCUGGAGAUGUCCAUCCGUGACCUCAAUGAGGAGAUGAGAGAAGGAAGUGUUGAUGAAGGCCAGAGCCAAACAGGCGGGAAUGGAAACGGUGCUGCCGGAGGUGCAGCCAUUCUUGGGGAUCCGGUCUUUGACCAAGCACCUGCGCCUCCGCCCCCACCUCCAUUUUCAUCAGCGGCAGCCGACGAGAAGCCUCUCAGUGAAGAGGCCGAAGUGGCUGCGCCAACAACUGUUCUGCGCGGCUCAGCCGCUGCACCGAGCACCACUGUCAUUGCUGGUGCCGCGACAAAUUACCAGCGGUGGCGGAAAGAUCAGAAGUGUGGCAAGGCUGUUGCGCCACUUCCAGACGGCAAGCCGGUGGAGUGCGAACCCACAGGAGAGUUUGCUUGCUGCUCUGUCAACGGCUGGUGCGGCAACUCGAAGAAGCACUGCAGCUGCAAAGGCUGUGUCAAUUACCGCGACAUCUAUGCCGGGCAGUCCCAGGGCACCUCUCAGAAGGCCGUGGCGCUGCCGCCAAGUCCGCCCAAAGAUGGCCACCAGGGGAAGACUGUUGUCGUGAUCAUCCCAUUCCGCGAUCGUGAGAACCACUUGAAGCUCUUCAAGCCGUUUUGGCGGUGGUUUGCUGAGUCCGGACGGUCGCCAAAGACUGUGCAAAGAUGGGUGGUCGUCGUUGCAGAGCAGUUCGACGUGCAGACUUUCAACCGUGGCUGGAACUUCAACGCUGGACUGGCUGUCGUUUCUGCGCAGUCCACCGCUUCGCCGGAUAUCCGAAGCGAGAUGGGUUUGGACUUCGACUGUGCCGUCAUUCAGGACAUCGAUUACCUCCCAGAGAAAGGGGUCGACUACUCCGAGUGUGACGUUCCCACGCAGCUCUCUGCAGAGAUUGAUCGAUACAAGUGGAAGACUCCCUAUUUGACCAGUGCGGGUGGCAUUGUCGGCAUGAGCUUGAAGCACUGGCGCAAGAUCAACGGAUUCGGCAACAACUACUUUGGCUGGGGUGGAGAGGACGACGAACUUCAUCAUCGCCUCCGUCUGGGUGGGCUCCUCUACGGGGACUGCUAUCCGUACUGCAAAAAGAACGACCCGAACGUGGGCAAGCCGGGCCAGUCAAUCCAUCGCCCGAAGAAAGGCUUCGGCCGCUUCAGUGGCAAGUUCAUGCACAGCGCCAACCAUACCAAGCGCAUCACCGACCAUCGGGCCUAUGCGCGCAACAUCGAGCAGCUCAAGGAGAUCAUGGCAGGGGGCGACCGCUGGAAGACAGAUGGCUUGAACAGCCUGAGUUUCAGCAUCGUUGACUACCAGGAGGACACGGCAGAUGUGGAAUCGUAUGGAAUUUCAUACAGACACAUCAAGUUCCGUCGAGGAAGACUUCCUUUCCACGUACGCGACGUCCCGGUGGCCAUCCCUCCGAAUUUCUGCGGCAGCGGCUCCCCACCAGGUUGGGUGCUGAAGCGGCUCGGAGAUGGGGCCAUCCCUUGGGACAUUGAGGCUUUGAGGAGCCGCGCCGCAGCACUGGCCUUGGACGGGCAGGGGCAGUGCCCGGGAGCGGCAACAUCCAACUUUCUGCUUAUCGAUCGGCGCACCCAAUUUGCAAAGAUCUUCAGCCCAGAGGAGGCACGCCUCCUUGUCAUCUAUCUCCGCUCGCUGAAAAGUGCUUCGGAAGAUGGGUUGAUGGUGGCGGACCCUCGACCUGCCUCGGCCAUAUUGGAGGCCUUCCAGCAGGCGAAGAGCUUCAUGAAUCCCCCGACCUUCUACAGCAUUUGCACUUCCCACUGGAAACACGAAGGCCCAAAGUACAGCAUCCACUUGGGAGAGAGCUGCGGCGGCGGCUGGAACCAGGUGAAAGGCGGCCUUUGGCGUGCCUACGCCACCCCGAAACCUGGGACAAAGGCCGUCUCCUGGUGCGACAACGAGAAGCAUUGGACUCAGAUCUUUGUGAAAGGCACAAGCUGCCCUACCUCCUGGCAAGGGCUGAAGUGGCUACACGGAGGUACGUUCUUCGCCAACGAUGGGUCCUCUUUCUGCGUUGGCACACGCAAGGGCCAGUCAGAGGAGACCUCCUUCUCAAAAGCCCUUCCGCAGAAGACCUGUGAGGGCGAAGGCUUCAAGCAAGAGCUGAGCUUUAGCCCUGUUGAUCCGGCCGAGCCUGCCGCAAGUGUCAGCGUCUGUGUCGGCCAGGAUCGAAGCAGAGAACGAACGCGUAUAUCUGUGCUGGCUGAUUGCGACAGUGGCGAUCUCGUCGUGGUCGCCCGGUUUGGUGCUCGCCAAAUUGGCCAUCGUGCCGCAGGAGAUCGCUUGUUCUGCGUGGAGAGCGUGGGGGAGAACGACGUCUUUCGAGAGAAGGACAAGUGCACGAGCAAGAUGAAGUUCGAGUUCGCGCUGCCGGUCAAAGCUGAAGGGCCGGAGCUGAUAGAUCCACAGCUUCUGAGCCGUCGGCCACGGCUCUGCACGGGAUUCCGCAAGAACAGGGUCGUGACGGGAGUGGACCAACAGUGCGAUACACUGGAGUCGUUGACAUUGGAUUUCGAGGCCUCUGGUCUUCUGGACAUUGCCAUCUCGACUAAUCCCACUUCCAGUGCGGCCCCUCUAUACACCAUCGUCAAGGAGGAAGUCUCCUGCUUUGGUUUUCUCUGCCCGAACGUCCUCAAGUAG